UCAAAAUCGAAAGGUUGCUCGAAGAUGGUCCCAACUCAAAAUCAUGAGUAGGCUCGAAGAUGGUCAUGAGUCUUGUUAAGUUGAAGCGACUUUGAAUAUGAAUUGUUCGCUAAAGUAGGAAAGAAAACCUAAUUGCUCGUGUUCUCUUAGGGGUGGGUUUCUAUCUCCCUUCCCCUCUUUCUUCCUCUUUUUCUGAGGCUUUCUUUUGUAGAUGGUGAUGGCGUCUACUGGUGUGGAAUACCGCUGCUUUGUUGGAGGGCUCGCAUGGGCUACCGACGACCACUAUCUCGAAAGGGCUUUUAGCUCAUUCGGAGAAGUUAUCGAAUCUAAGAUUAUUAGCGACCAUGAGAUGGGGAGAUCAAGGGGCUUUGGAUUCGUCACCUUCAGCAAUGAACAGUCCAUGAGGGAUGCCAUUGAAGGGAUGAAUGGACAGAACCUUGACGGGAGGAGCAUCACUGUCAACGAGGCCCAGUUUAGGGGAAGCGGUGGCGGCGAUGGUGGCAAAGGAUUCCGUAAUAGUGGUCAUUGUAUUAGUGAUGGCUAUGGAGGGGGAGGAGGUUAUAGUCAUAGUGGUGGUGGAGGUGGUGGAUGAGAUCAUGGAUAUGGUAGGUCAAAUGGAGGAUCUCGUUACUGUGGUGGUGGUGGAGGUGGUGCUUCAGAUGGCAACUAGAGGAACUAAUUGUUACCAGAGUGGUGGCUUUACUCCAGAUGGCAAAUGGAGUAACUAAGUAGCAGCAGUACUAGUACUAGUUAUGGCUGGGUUAUCUUUAUCUUGUGUUAAAUGGUGUGUGGAGAGGAAUGACUGGAUUAUCUUCUUCUCUUGUUAUGUUUUCUUUUAUCUUGUCCUAUUAUGGUUUUUGAUCUCUCAAGAACUACAAUUAGUAAUAGUAAAUGGUUCUAUGUUUUUUUUUUUUUUUUAACCUAAUGUCACCACCAUUGGACCGGGAAUAUCAAGACCGUGAUGGAGUAUCUUCGAAAAAUGUGACAUCUUUUGAGACAAACUUAUACUAGUCAUGAUUCUUGUUAAGCUGAAGCAACUUUAAUUAUAAAUCGUCCCCUAAAGUAGGAAAGGAGACCUAAUGUCACCACGCCAUUGUCCUCGGAAUAUCAAGACAUGAAGGAGUAUCUUUGAAAAAUGUGAUAUCUUUUGAGACGGACUUCUACCUCGUAUU